AAUACCUAAUUUUUCUACUUCUAUAUAUGGUUUAGAAGCUCUAGAUCUACUUCUUCAUCACCCCCCCACCCCACCCCACCAAUCUUUUUUUUUCUUGAUCAAAAACACACCACACUUUCUCUUUCUUUCUUCAAAAGAAACAAAGCAUUAAGGAGAAGAUUAAUGGAAGGACAAAAUCAAGGAGGUGGAGAAGUGAGAAGACUUCAUAUCAUAUAUUUUUUGAGUAGAAAAGGUCGUAUUGAACAUCCUCACCUCAUCAGAGUUCAUCAUUUCUCCAGAAAUGGCAUUCGUCUUAAAGAUGUUAAGAGAUGGUUGGGAGAAUUGAGAGGAAAAGACAUGCCUGAAUCUUUUGCUUGGUCAUACAAGAGAAAAUACAAGAGUGGAUAUGUAUGGCAAGACUUACUGGAUGAAGAUCUUAUUACUCCAAUUUCGGACAAUGAAUAUGUCCUUAAAGGAUCAGAAAUUUCAUCCAUAAUCCCCAUUAAAGAUGUUUCAUUUGGUGAAAAAGGAGUAACAGCAACAACCAUGCAAAAGGAACAAACAAAACAAGAAGAUCAAAAUCCAAUGGAUUCAUCAAAGAAAACCCCUUCAGAGAUUGAAGAAGAAUCACAAAACAUUGCUUCUGAAACAUCAACAAUCACCACUGAUAAUUCACCAAAAUUCCAAGAAGAAGAAGAAGAAAAAGUUAACAACUUUGAUAACAGUUUUUCUUCUAACUCUUCUUCAUCUAUUUCUUCUUUUGGUUCAAUGAAAACCAAGAAGAAAAUAGAUCAAGACCAUCAUCAUGUGAUUGAACAUGGAGAAAACAAUAGUACAGACAAAAAUUCAUCGAAAAACCCGAAAUUCAACAAGAGUAAAAGCUAUUCAAAUGGUGCAUCCAGUAUUUUUCGUAAUUUGAUAACUUGUGGAGCUGUGGAUACUAAUGAUGCUGGAAUUGUUCCAUUGAGAAAAAAUAAAACUUCUUUAAGUAGUGAUAAAACUGUGAGUUUUUCAUCUGAGAUUUGUAAAGCUGACAAAAUUGGAGGAUCUCAAAGGAUUUUUGGUACUAGUUGGAACCAACAAACAACUAAUGGAAGGAAGAGCUGUGAUGGGGCAUUCGGUUAUUCAAAGAACAAAAGUGAAUUUGGCAGUCGUAGAUCAGUUUCUGCUAAUUAUAAGCCAAUCAAUGGACCCAAUUGCUCGCAAUGUGGAAAGCCAUUCAAGCCAGAGAAACUUCAUGCCCAUAUGAAAUCCUGCAAAGGGAUGAAAGCACUGGCAAAGGGUGCUUAUUCUGCUACAGCUGCUGCUACUGAGAAGACAUCUAAGGAUGCAUCAAAAGUGGAUUCUCUUUCUGCAAAGUUCUUGACUCAUUAAAUGCUAGAGCUUUCAUUUUAAAAAAAAAAUUAUUCUUUUUCAGCUUCUGUUGGAAUUAGAUUAUGGUUUUAUUUUUAGAACUUGGACACGCCUUCCAUGUAUAUUUGAGUAAGAAGGUCCACAGGCAAAAGCCUAAGCAAUUCAAGAAUGUAGAAGUGUAAGUCCAUUUUUACUGCAUUCAAUAGUUAUAAGCCUUAUUUUCCAUCUUAA